CGAUCAGAAGAGUGGAAUUUCUGCUGUUGAAUGGCUUUGCCUGUCAUGAUACAGUUAUAAUCGUCACAGUAUGGUAUUGGCUACAGAUGCAUGUUUGGAUAUACCAUUUCAAGAACAGGAGAUUUAAAGAAAUGGCAACCAAUGAGAUCGUCCAUUAUUCAUAUGUGAUAAAAACAAAAAAUAAUAAUUUCGAAUAAAGAUUUACGACAAAAAUAAAAUCCGUAGGGGAUGCUCAUAUAGACCAAGCACUACUUAAACGUAACAAUGCGACCUGCAGUGUACGCCAGCGUUAUGCGUAACCGGAAGCCGGGUGCGCGACGGAGACCAAAGUCUGCGCCGCACGUGUUCUCUUGGCAACGGUUCUUCCUGAUAGUGUUCCUAGGCACCGUGUCAUUUAUACCGGGCCUCAUAGUGACAAUCAUUGGUAUCCAUGUACCGGGCGUGCCAGGGGAUGAAGUAUUCUUCAAGUACAUCGGCCCAGCGAGUCUCGCUGUGGGGGUGGGUCUCAUUGCUGCGGCCGGGCUCUACUAUUGCUGCUGGGGUGUACAGAGCCCCGUGAGCGCUAAGAAUUCAGCUAAACACAAGAAAUCAGUUGACAGGUCCGACAACUACGACCCUUUGCAGAAUCCUUCUGUUGCUGCAAUUUCCGACAACGGAAACUGUCAAUCGCCUCGUGCAAGUGUAAAAAGCAAUCGUAACAGCAGGCCGACAACCCCAGAUCAGAAAUCAGGUCGCCCUAGUAACGGAGGCCAACGUUACCGCACCACGUCCAGAACAUCGCUAGACUUACAGCGUAGUCAAGGUCAUCAAAACUCGCGUCACAGACACAGUUCAUAUUCCCACAACAGUCGUUCCUAUGUACCGACCCCUGCCGCACUCUCUGCAGCAGUAGCAUCUGAAACACCGGCAGACAUUAUCGUGGCCUUUCUUCCGGAAUGCGCACCACUGGCACAGAGUGAAACAGCAUCUGUUGACGUUACAAUUGACAUAGAACCAGACAUUCAUGGUGACAAGAAUGUGUAAAUCAAAGAAACCUACAGCUUUUCAAUGCUCAAGGUGUCCACUCUACUGCGAAGUCUAUUAUAUGAACUUGCAGAUCCUGUAAGUUAAUAAAUAAUUACUAAUUCACCGACUAAACAGGUUUAAACGCAGUUGAUUUUCAUAAGAACCAUUAUAUAUUCAUGUGAAUUUUUUCUUUAAAUUUUGUCAAGCCUGGAAAAAUCGGUAAAUUUUGCAGAUGUUAUUUUUCAAAUCGAAACAUGAAACAAUGAACUAAAUUACAAAGUUCCGGACGCAAAGAUUGGGAUGUUUCUGUUCGUUGCUUCAAAUUGUGAGAGAACAUGAUUUAGAUGCGUUUCGAACAAUAUCACAUGAAAACUGAACUAAUCGAUUCGUCCUGUUAUGCCCAGUGACACACAUUUGUAUGACCGGUGUAUUGGUAUUUGAUAUAACUAUCUUAUUUAUGACUUCUGAGUGCAAUUAUUGCGACAGGGAAUCUUCCAAAAUGACUCGUUCUGUUAAUCUGCGAGACCGUGUUCGUUUAAUGAACCGAUUCGCAAAAUAAAGUUGUAUCUGUCCGCUGGU